AUGCCGCGUGGCGCCCGCCCGAGCUCCCCGGAGGGCGCGGACGCCGCUGCGGAGCCGUGCGGGGCGGGAGGGCGCGGACACCGUGCGGGGCCCUGCGGGCCGGGCCGCGCGGGAGGGUCGCGGCAGGGUCGCUGGGCCGCGCGGGGCGGGCGUUACCGCCGUCCGUUACCCGCCGGCCCCGGCCCCGGCCCCACCAUCGCGGUCCCAAUGGAGGACGCGGAGCCGCAGCCCGUCCCGGAGCCGGCCGACAUGGCUUACUUCGGCCCCACCUCCCUCACGUACCUCCCCGUCCUGCAGUGGUGGGGCAAGAGUGUGGCUUGCCGCAAAGGCUCCGUCAUCAUGGUGAUGCAUAAACGGUACCAAGCAAGCAGGGAAAUUUCCCCAAAAGACCACCUAGUGCCUCGAGCCUUGGUGAUACAGAGGUGGUUUGACGUGGGGGAAACGGGACUUUGUGCCAGUCUGCCCGCUGGCUGGGAUGCGGCCCCCGGCAGCGAUCCAUCCACGUGCUGGGAUGGCUGCCGAGGGAGGAUCCCCCCGGCUCCACCGCGUACUCUGCUGCCUGGUGCGCUCCUGGAGCACACAGGUGGCUGCGAGCAGCUUAUUCAGUUAGUUUUCCCAGGUCUGGUGACAAGAAAGCGAACCACAGCAGGGAGCAUCAGAUAUCAUUAUGAUGGCAUAGCUAUCAAGAAGGAGUCUUCCUUUUAUGCACGUUUUUGCUGUCUUCUGUAUGAACAAAAUUAUCUCAGGCACUGCUCUCCGGGGGAAGUGAGCAUCUCUGAUGUGCAGCCAAGCACCAGUAGAAGUUCCUGGAGUUCUGAAAAUGCAGCUGAUUACAAGAAGAUUAGACAAAAAAAGGGAACAAGUAAGAAUUUGCAGUAUUAUCCAUCUGUCAUUUAUCUGAAGACUGAACAAGAGACUUUUCAUUACCUUUCUCCUGAUUUCAACCAGUUCUUCUUUGGAGAACAAGCACAAAGUGAGACAUACCCCUAUGAACUGAUUGCACUGCUUGCCAAUGACUACUACAACUAUUGUCAAGUUAUUUUACAAAUGGUGAGAGAGACCAAGCUCGACAAGGUGGAAGAUUGUAUCAUGUCAUUCUGGACAUCUCUGCAGCCUGAAAGAAUAGAACUGAUGUGCCUGCCAGAUGUGUGCCAGCUGUUAAAAAGCUAUGAUAGGUAUCUAUUCAAGGAAUUGGAGAACAUCCUACUUCCUGAUUUCCUGGAGGAGGUGCCUGCACAACAUAUAGACUCAAUCAGAUCAUUCAGUGAAAAUGUUAAAUGUUGGAUGCUUAAUCCUUUGGGAGGUUUUCCAUUACUGCUCCAAACAUCCAAGUCUAAUGAAGCUAAAGAGUUUGUAAAAAGGCUCAGGAGACAGACAGACCUUUGCAACAUGGUCAAGACAGUAAGAGCACUCUUGAACAACAACAGCACAGUCACUGUUCUGCGGUCAGGCUUGCAUGCCAUCUUCAAUGAGAAAUCUCUGGAUGUGACCAAAGACCUCUUUCAAGAGAAGUUUAGGAAUCCAAAGAAGCGGCAGAAAAACAUACAAUUAAAAUGUUUGAAGAACUUCAUUUCUUCACUGGCAUCUUCCACAGAUAUUCGGGAUCUCCUGAGCUGUUUGUCUUCAGAUCUCCAGACUUUUGUUAUUAAGCCAAGCAAGAGUAAAGAGGCUUUUAAAGAGCAGGCAUCAGAUUUCAUGUUGAAAUGGAACUUCCUACUGAGCAAUGUAGGCAAGAUUCUGACCAUCAACAGGACAGACAGUUUUGGAUCCUGGCUUUUGUUGAAUAUGCUACUUGUUGAUUUUGCGGCUCACAUUUUCCAGUCCUAUAUAGAAGAGGAGAAGGAAGAAGGAAAUGCCUUGGUUGCAAAGCAAAAUGAGGUCCCUGUUCUGUGUGUUUAUGAGCCCAGCCAUCUCUCAGCCUGUUUUGCUGAGGAGGAACCUCAAGCCAGUGCUCCACAGACAGCUCUUGUGAUGCAGAACCAGAAUAACUUUGGAUUAAGCAAUGCUUUCCAGAGUUCUGAGUUGUUUGGUGAACACAGCCACUGUCAGCAAGCACAUCCAGAUAAUUUAGGAAGAGAAAAUUAUUAUAUCAUGUACUAAGUUGGAUCUUCAAGUUGCAAAGGAAACAUUUCUUAUUCAAAAAGAUGAAAUGAUAUUUCUCUGCCUCCAAUGAACAGCAGAUCUUCAGAGAAAAGCAUCCUGGCUGUAGCAUUCUAUAUGAUAUGCCAUUCUUACUUUUUGAUAAAGUUUAAGAAACACUGUUUUCAUUCUCUUAUACUAAAAAGCUUUCUUUUUGUAAUACAAAAUGCAAAACUGGGCUAGCAAUGCAAUUAUUUUAAGUUGUCAUGUGAUUUGAUUUGGAUUAUUUGAAUAAAUCUUCAGAUGAUAAAGGUGAA